AUGCUGCAAACAGGAGACAUGAUGAUAUGGCACACCCUCAAAAUUUCCACUGGACUGGGACUGGACUCAGGAAAGUGGCUUGCAGUCCAGUGGGAGUCCACUGGACUGGACUGGGCAUUCUGCCAGCCAAUCUGGCCUGGUAAGAGGGCCACUGGAAUCCACUGGAGUACACUGGAGUACACUGGAGUCCAUAUGGAUUACGUGGGGGAGGGUGUUUACCGCACAUCUGAACUUCCCAACUUCUUUCUGAGUGCUAUUUGGCUUAUUGGAAGGACUAUGUUAGAUGUUGCCGCGGCUCGGCUAGCUGAGAGCCAGCUUAUAUACACAGUGUAA